AAAAAGAUGCCUUUAUAUUCUGUUAAAGUAAAAUGGGGAAAGGAACUCUUUCCUAAUGUAGAAGUUAAUACAGAUGAAGAACCAAUGUUGUUUAAAGCACAACUGUUUGCAUUGACAGGAGUACAGCCAAAAAGACAAAAAAUUAUGUUGAAAGGACAGACAUUGAAGGAUGAUGAUUGGGGCAAUAUCACGCUCAAAGAUGGCAUUACUGUAUUAAUGAUGGGAUCGAAAGAAGAAGAUGUGCCAGUAGAACCUACUGAGAAAACAUUAUUUUUAGAAGAUAUGAGUGAAUCCGCUAUAGCAACUGUUUUAGAUUUACCAGCUGGCUUAAUUAACUUAGGAAAUACUUGUUAUCUUAAUGCAACUGUACAGUGCCUAAGAACUGUCCCUGAAUUGAAAGAAGCUUUAAUGAACUUUUCGGACGGGCUUGCAGCUACUGGUAGCUCCUCAAUUGUGCCUGCACAAAGUAUAACUGCUGCAUUAAGAGAUUUGUAUACUAGCAUGGGGUCUUAUAAGGGAUCUUCUCUGCCACCUGUUGUUCUUCUUCAAAUGAUGCAUUUGGCAUUCCCAAGAUUCGCGGAAAAAUCUGAUCACGGCGGAUUUCAACAGCAGGAUGCUAAUGAAUGUUGGAGCGAACUUAUUAGAAUGUUGCAACAACAAUUACCAGCCAAGGAGAAUCCUGCAUUAGAAAGUGGUGAACAAACUUAUAAACCUCGAUCUCUAAUUGAACAAUACUUUGGUGGGUCGUUUGAUACAGAGUUGAAAUGUGUAGAAUCUGAUGACGAACCGCCUACCAAGGGUAAAGAAGACUUUUUACAAUUGAGUUGUUUUAUUUCACAAGAGGUUAAAUAUAUGUUUUGUGGACUUAGAAAUAAAAUGCAAGAACAGAUAACGAAAAUGUCACCAACUCUUGGCAGAGACGCGGUAUAUACGAAGACGUCAAGAAUUAGUCGAUUGCCAGCAUAUUUGACAAUCCAGUUUGUACGUUUUUAUUACAAAGAGAGGGAAGCGAUUAAUGCAAAGAUUCUGAAAGACGUCAAAUUUCCGUUUGAAUUCGAUGCGUACGGUUUGUGUACCACCGAACUUCAGGAGAAGCUCAUGCCGAUGCGAACGAAGUUUAAAGAAUACGAAGACGAAUUAAAUCAUGUAAAUGAAGAGUUACAAAAAUCGAAAGAUAAAGGAAAUAAAACGAAUACUGAAACCGGAAAGAAAACGAAAAAAGAACCUUUCUGGUUUCCAAACGAUAUAGGAUCAAAUAACAGUGGGUAUUACACAUUGCAAGCGGUUCUAACACACAGAGGUCGAUCGAGUAGUAGCGGUCAUUAUGUGGCAUGGAUUAGACAAGAAGAUGACAAAUGGCUGAAAUGUGAUGAUGAAACUGUUAGUCCUGUGCCGGUUAGCCAAAUAUUAAAACUUAGUGGUGGUGGCGAUUGGCAUUGCGCAUACGUUCUUUUAUAUGGUCCAAAAAUGUUGGAAGUACCUAUCACAGAAGAUAAAGUACCUUCCACAGAUGAAAAUACUGCUAAGAAGUAAUUUUCAUAUAACCAAUCAAUUUUGCAUAAAGGCUAAACACAAUUGAAACAAAACUUCCACAUUGCGUUUGUUAGAGAAAUGCAUUUCUUUUUAUAGAAAUGAAUGUCAAUAUGAUUUGGACAUUAAAGUUAACUAUAAUAUACUAUUUGUACAAUCAGUGGCCAUUAUUCCUAUCAUAAAAGUUCACCUCAAUAAUUUUUGCAUGAUAUGAAUAUAUAUAAAAGAUCUGCAUUUGUUCAUUCAUUCAGUUUCGUGUUUAAACAUACACGUGGUGAUGACAGAUCUUAGUGUUACACAGAAAUGAAACUAAUGUAAAUCAUGAAAGUGUUCUUUUAUAAUAUUCCAAUAAAAUUCCAAUUAAAAUUAUA